CUUCUUUUUGUACUUUUGACAUUUUUUUUAGCAUUUUUAGUCUUUUCUUUUUGUUCUUUUACUACUUUUUUUCCCCUUUUUUUAAAUAGUUCUAAGCGUUAUUAUGUUGAUUUUAAAACGUAUGUUCAGCAUUACUUCACGAAAAACAGCAUCAAAAAAACCUCAAUUAGAUCAAGUCAGUGAUAUUAUGAUUCCAGGACAAUACCUUCGGUAUUUUAAGCCAAAGAAAACAAAAUCAUUACAACAACAACAACAGCAACAACUAAACCAAUCAAGGCACUUGGAUCUUUAUACAGAAACAGCAAGACCAUUACAUGGCCAUGAAUGGGAUGCAACACCGACUAUCACACAAGAACGUAUGGCACAACGGAUUCAACGAGCUUUAUCAACAGUAUAUUCUAUGGAAGUUUUACCCACACCACUAAUUACUCAAGAACAUUUGACAUUGCGUGGAAUUAAAGUUUCUAGAAAUUUGAAGAAAUGUUUUAUCUUUUAUGAACCAACAUCUACUAUCAAGAAACAAAGAGGACAAGUUCAUCGUGCAUUAAUCAAUUACUCUCCCAUUUUGAAUACUCUGAUCAAGAAUCAUGCACAAUUACGAAAACCAUUAUCGAUCAAGUUUGUUUCUGAUACACAAUCCAAGGAACUCGAAGCCAUCUAUGACAAAUUGGAACAAGAAACAGGACAACAAUAAUAAUAGAUUAGAAAAUAGAUGAUAUCAAAUAGUAUAG